AUGCCUCCAGUUUGCGUCCGGCGUAUAGUUGACCGUUACGAUGCACGCAAUUUCCAGUCAGAAGAAAUCAGGAAUAUGGGAAUAAGAGUCUGGAGACACAAGACAACAGCUGAAUGGGAAGUGCUUGUUGCUGCACUCCAUAGAAAGAUAGGACAGCUCCAAACAGAGAUCAAAGAGCUCCAGACAGGAAUAGAAGAUCGCCAGAUGGAGCUAAGAGAGGCUAGGAACGAGGCUGCCAAAUGGAAGGCAAUGUACGAGAAGAAGAACAAGGCUAUGGAGAACGCAUAUUUGAAUUGUUAUCACUACGACAGCAAGUGA